UACAAAUUCCACAGUUGAUGAGCGGUAUAGUAAAUGUAGUUGCACGCUUCAGCGAUACUCGGGAUACUGUCAUCUUCCUGAAAGAAAUUAAACUGCCUGCCCUACGCCUUUUAUCAAUGUACAUUGCACAGCUUUCUACAUAAACAUGCUGUCUCAUCUUGGAGAACGAAUGGCUUACAAUAUUAAGACGGACUUAUUUAGUUCAGUAUUGCAUCAAGAUAUUGCAUUUUUUGAUCAACAGCGUACAGGGGAAAUCAUUAACAGGUUAACGUCCGAUGUGCAAGAUUUCAAAAGUAGCUUCAAGCAAGUUAUUUCUGGUGGUUUGAGAGCCACUACGCAAAUAAUCGGCUGCGCAAUUUCUCUCAUUGUGAUAUCACCACAAAUGACACUUGUGACGCUGUUAUGUGUGCCAGCCGUAAUCACAACGGGAUCUGCUUUGGGUUCGUUGCUACGGAGCACUUCAAGAAGCGCCCAAGCUCAGAUUGAAAAAUCAACAGCAGUUGCCGAUGAAGCAGUCAGUAACAUUCGUACUGUGAGAGCGUUUGCAAUGGAAGAGCUGGAGCUUGACAUGUUCGAGCGCGAGGCAGAGCGGGCGCUCGUGCUGAAUGAACGGCUUGGUUUAGGCAUAGGAUUAUUUCAAGGGGGUGCAAACUUAUUCCUAAACAGCAUGGUAUUGGCUACACUGUACAUGGGUGGAUAUUUGUUAUCCGUUAAUCAGCUAUCACCGGGGCAAUUAAUGGCAUUUUUAAUGUCUACACAAACGAUCCAACGUUCACUGGCCCAAAUCUCGCUAUUAUUCGGAUCAGUGGUUCGUGGAAUGGCAGCCGGUGCUAGAAUUUUCCAAUACAUCAAUUUAAAACCCGGCAUGCCUUUGACAGGUGGAAAGAUACUCCCCUCGGAAACUAUGAGGGGGGAAAUUGAGUUCAAAGAUGUUGUAUUUGCGUAUCCCACUAGGCCAGAACAAGUCAUUUUACAAAAUUUCAAUUUGCGAAUACCAGCCGGUAAAACUGUGGCAAUCGUCGGAGGUUCUGGAAAUGGAAAGUCAACAGUAGCUGCAUUACUAGAAAGAUUUUACGAGGUUAAUAAAGGAUCAAUUACACUAGAUGGGGAAGAUAUUUCCGAGUUAGAUCCUACCUGGAUGAGGCAAUCGGUUUUGGGGUACAUAAAUCAGGAACCAACACUUUUUGCUACAACAAUAAUGGAGAAUAUUCGGUAUGGUCGACCUGAUGCUACCGACACAGAAGUUAUUGAAGCAGCUGAACUUGCAAAUGUACAUAGUUUUGUUAUUGGAUUCCCAAGAGGCUAUAACACAUUAGUUGGCGAACGUGGCACAACAUUAUCUGGAGGGCAGAAACAAAGAAUUGCAAUUGCCAGAGCGUUGUUAAAAAAUCCUUCCGUUCUAAUUUUAGAUGAAGCUACAAGUGCUCUUGAUACGGAAUCUGAGAACAUAGUUCAACAGGCUUUAGACAAAGCGAGAGAAGGGCGAACUGCAUUGGUUAUAGCUCACCGCUUAUCAACAAUAAAAAAUGCGCACAUCAUUGUAGUACUUAGUAAAGGACGCAUUGUCGAGAUGGGUACGCAUGAAGAACUUAAAAAUUUGAAGGCGCACUACUGGUCUCUUAAUUUCCAACAGAACAGCGGCGAAUAAAAAAAAAUAAGAAUUUAUUACUAGUCGAGAUUGAAAUACAAAUAUUUAAACACAAUUUAAAAUUA